UCUGAAAAAAGAAUCUAGCCUGUGUGUGACUUAAUUUGGAUUCAUUAAAGAUAUUUUCCGAUGGAUCUUCAUAUGGGUGGCGUAGAAAGACUUGUGGUAUCGUGCAGUGUAAGCUUAGUAGUAGGCAGUGCGUCUUCUGCCACCCGAGUAGAGUGAAAAGGUGAGCGGUGCUGCAACCCACAAACAUAUCCAUGAAUCCAUCCAUGCCCCUGCUCUUGCCAUCCUCCAUGGCCAUGUCAAACAUGAAGUCCACUUCCUUGCUCUUCCUAAAGCUCCUUUACAUUCUCCUUAAUGCACCAUCGAUCAUCGCCGGUGACGUCGACAACCACCGUUUCGUCUAUUCCGGCUUUGCUAACGCUAGCCUCACCCUCAACGGCACGGCUUCAGUCACGCCAAGCGGUUUGCUCGAGCUCACCAAUGGCACGAUCAUGAGCAUGGGCCAUGCCUUCUACCCGGCUCCGCUGCGCCUCCGUGAUUCGCCCAACAGCACAGUGCAGUCCUUCUCUGCCUUCUUCGUCUUCGGCAUCAUCUCCAUAUAUGACUUGAGCAGCCAUGGCCUCACCAUGUUGGUCGCACCGAGCAAUGAUUUCUCCAAGGCCACGGCUGUCCAGUACCUGGGCCUCUUCAAUGGCUCGAACAACGGCAACACAACCAACAACAUCUUCGCCAUCGAGCUUGACACUUGGCCAAACAGCGAGUUCGGGGACAUCAACAACAACCACGUUGGCAUCGACAUCAACAGUCUCAGCUCCGUGCAGUCCCACCCAGCCGGCUUCUUCAAUGACCAGGACGGCACGUUCAAGAACUUGUCUCUCACUAGCCAAGAGGCGAUGCAGGUGUGGGUGGACUACGACAGAGAGAAGACGCAGGUCAAUGUUACCAUGGCCACUCUUGACAUGGCCACCAAGCCCAAGAGACCAACCGUGUCAGCCAGGCACAACCUCUCAGAUGUGCUCAAAGAUGUGGCAUACAUCGGCUUCUCAUCUUCAACAGGCAAGAUCCACACACGACACUAUGUGCUGGGUUGGAGCUUCGCCAUGAACAGUCCUGCUCCAGUCAUCAAUGUCACCAUGCUUCCAAAGCUUCCACGGAAUCAUCCCAAGGACAGUCGAUUCUGGGUGUUAGAGAUAGUUCUGCCGGUUGCAACGGCAGCGGUCAUCCUGUCUUUGAUUGCCAUAGCUUUCCUUCUUGUAAGGAGGCAUUUAAGGUACGCAGAGGUGCGGGACGACUGGGAGAUGGAGUUCGGCCCACACCGGUUCUCAUACAAGGAUUUGUUCAAUGCAACAGGAGGAUUUGAGAAUAAGAACCUUUUAGGAGUUGGAGGAUUUGGGAGGGUGUACAAAGGGGUGCUUCCCAGAUCCAGAUUGAAGGUAGCAGUCAAGAGGGUUUCGCAUGAUUCCAAGCAAGGCAUGAAGGAGUUCAUCGCAGAAAUCGUCAGCAUAGGUCGCCUUCAAAACCGUAACCUUGUACAGUUGCUUGGUUAUUGUCGGCGCAAAGGUGAACUCCUCUUAGUUUAUGAGUACAUGCCCAACGGAAGCCUUGAUAAGUGUCUCUAUGGCAAAAAGGAUAACGACGUGUUGACUUGGGCUCAAAGGUUUCGGAUCAUCAGGGGAAUUGCAUCUGGCUUGCUUUAUCUCCAUGAGGAGUGGGAAAAAGUGGUUGUUCACCGAGACAUCAAGGCAAGCAAUGUGCUCCUUGAUGACGAGAUGAAUGGACGAUUGGGUGAUUUUGGCCUUGCAAGGUUGUACGAUCAUGGCAUUGACCCACAGACUACACAUGUAGUUGGCACCAUAGGUUACCUAGCUCCAGAGCUAGCACGAAGCAGAAAUGCCACCCCUCUUACUGAUGUCUUUGCCUUCGGCAUAUUCGUCCUUGAGGUCACCUGUGGAAAAAGGCCUGUCGAUCAGCAAAACACACAAGACAGUCAGCUCGUGUUAGUCGAUUGGGUGAUCGACAAGGCGCAAAAAGGAUCAUUUGGUGAUACAGUGGAUGCUAGUCUAGAAGGGAGGUAUGAUGUUGGUGAGGCAAGCUUGGCGCUGAAGAUUGGAUUGCUAUGCUCACACCCAUUUGCCAAUGCAAGGCCUAGCAUGCGGCAAGUCAUGCAAUACCUAGAUGGGGAAAUUGAACUUCCAGGGUUAAGCUUGGAGUUGCUAGCCUUGAUGCAAAACGAAGGGUUCCAUACAUCAUUCCUUCAGCAAUUCCUCCUCCUCCAGCUUGGUCUUAUCGCUGCAACCUUGGCCUUCAGCGAUGAUCAAUUUAUUUUCUCCGGCUUCAACCAAUCCAGCCUAAGCCUCGAUGGCAGUGCCAUGGUCACAGACGGCGGACUCCUUGAUCUGUCCAACGGCACAGCUGUUCUCAGCGGUCAUGCCUUCUACCCAACUCCUCUGCAUUUCCGCAAGUCAUCCAGUGGUAAAGUUCAAUCCUUCUCAGUCCAUGUAGUUUUCAGCAUCUUCAUCACGUACCCGGACCUGAGCGCUGAUGGCAUGGCUUUCUUCAUCGCCCCCACCAAGAACUUCUCUGAUGCACGGGCCGCCAAGUAUUUUGGCCUCCUCAAUGAGAAGAACAAUGGUGAAGCAAACAAACACAUCUUCAUGAUUGAGCUCGACACCUACAAAAAUGCUGAGCUCCAAGACAUCAAUGACAACCACAUCGGUAUCAACAUCAACAGUGCAGUCUCCUUGAAAUCCAGCACCUCUGGCUUCUAUGAAGACGAGGGUGGUGCCUUCAAGAACAUGACGCUGAACGGCAACAAGGCUAUGCAACUGUGGGUAGACUAUGAUGAGGGUGAUAAGCAGAUCAAUGUGACCUUGGCUCCAAUCAACAUGGGCAAACCAUCAAGGCCACUGCUCUCUGCAACCUAUGAUCUCUCAACUGUACUCUCUGACUCGGCUUCAUACAUUGGAUUCUCAUCCAUAGCUACUCUCAUCAACACCCGUGAGUAUGUGCUGGGCUGGAGCUUUGGGAUGAAUAGACCAGCUCCAUCCAUUGACAUCUCCAAGCUUCCCAAGUUGCCUCUUGUUGGUCCCAAGGCCCAGUCCAAGCUCUUGGCAAUCGUCCUACCAAUAGCCACUGCAACGUUGAUCCUCUCUAUAGGCACCUUCACACUAGUUGUGCGAAGACGACGGAAGUAUGCUGAGGUGCGUGAGGACUGGGAGGAAGAGUUUGGUCCGCACAGAUUCUCGUACAAGGAUUUGUUCCAUGCCACCGGAGGGUUUAAGAACAAGCACCUACUUGGAGAAGGAGGUUUUGGGAAAGUAUAUAAAGGAGUGCUUCCCUUGUCGAAUGUAGAGGUUGCUGUGAAGAGGAUGUCUCAUGAAUCAAGACAGGGGAUGAAAGAGUUCGUCACAGAGGUUGUUAGCAUCGGUCGACUCCGUCAUCGCAACCUUGUGCAGCUACUUGGUUAUUGCCGGAGAAAAGGUGAACUGUUUUUGGUUUAUAAUUACAUGCCAAAUGGUAGCCUUGACAAAUAUCUACACUUCGAAGAGCACAAGGUCAUUUUGAAUUGGGUUCAGAGGUUUCGGGUUAUCAAAGGCAUUGCAACCGGCUUGCUCUAUCUCCAUGAGAAGUGGGAGAAGAUAGUGAUCCAUAGAGACAUCAAGGCAAGCAAUGUGCUACUAGACGGUGAAAUGAAUGGGCGGCUUGGUGACUUUGGCCUUGCAAGAUUAUAUGAUCAUGGCACCGACCCACAAACCACACAUAUGGUUGGUACAAAGGGGUACCUAGCCCCCGAGCUACUGCGCACAGGGAAGGCAUCUCCUCAAACAGAUGUUUUUGCCUUCGGCAUGUUCCUUCUCGAGGUUGCUUGCGGGCAAAAACCUGUGAAGAAAAAUGCGGAGGGAAACGAAGUUUUCUUGGUCGAUUGGGUACUUGAGCAUUGGAAAAACGGAUUGGUUACUAAAACAGUUGAUACUAGGCUCCAAGGUGACUACAAUGUCGAUGAGGCAUGCCUCGUCUUAAAGCUGGGACUUUUGUGCUUGCAUCCACUUCCUAGUUCAAGGCCUAGGAUGCGAGAAGUAAUGCAAUACCUCGAUGGUGAUAUGCCACUACCUGAGCUGAGGCAGACGGAACUGAGCUUGAACAUGGCAGCCUUGAUGAAAAACAAUGGAUUGAACUCAUCUUCCGUGUCAUAUCCGCAACUAACAUUGAGCUUCGGCACAGUAUCUGGCCUCUCAGGAGGAAGAUAAUAGUAUAUAUCCACGGUGUUUUGUGACUUUGUCGUUGAUUACUUACAUUGUUUACUAUGUGAGCACAUAUAUCAUUGUAUGUCCUAGAAUAAACAUUCGAGGGUGAUCAACUACAUGUCUAAAAUCUGUAAGAAAGAACUUUUCAUUUAUGUUCUCAUAAGUUGCAUGCAUUCCAUUGGUUU